AUACCCUAAUGGGCUCCCCUAGGACUAGCCGAGAAAAUAGGCCCCAUAGGGAGUACUAUGGUAUACCCACUAUUUUGGAGAAUCCCCAAUUGAUGAGUGUCAAUUAUGAUCAUGAGAAUAUCCAUGAUAUAAUAUUAAAGUCUAAAAUUAUAGCCUUAGUGCAAGACAUGGAUAUACAAGGGAAACAUAGGGAUAAUAUAAUUACCCUUUUGGAAGCAAUAAGGAUAAUGAAGAUGGUAGUUAAUAAGGAGACUAUUAAUGGGCACAACCAAAAUAGCAUAUGGUUAAUCCCUAUACUAUU